AUGCCUACCCUUGUCUCGCUUCCUCGAGAGACACUGGAGCAAAUUUGUGGUUUUGUGGCAUCUGAUGACUUUCCAAGUCUUCUUGAUCUAGCUCUGACAUGCAAGUCAUGCUCGGUCGCCACCAACAAAUAUCGUUUCCGAUGCAUCGAUUUGACCAUUGUCGGCCGCAAAAAGCUCCGAAGAGAUAUCCAGCAAUGGCAUGAAAUAUUAGAACGGACUGAUUCAUUCACCUCCGUGCGAAUUUUGAUAGUUCGAGGGAAAUUACCACUCGUUGAAGAAGAUGACGACAGUCGGAAGCCUGAUCCCGAAUAUAACUACAAUCAUUGGAGUCAACGGGACUGCAAUGAUGAGUUGAAAAACCUUGAAUACAAUUACGGUUUUAGUUCUAUGGAACUUUGUCGGCCUCCCUCAAUUUCACGGCGUGAUGAUUGGGGCUCGUUGCCUACUCUUGUGGCAAGAUUCCACGGUCUUCGAGAUCUCAUCUGGGGUUGUGGGACAAUGUUUCCACCGUGUUUGCUGGACAUUCUGCAUCACGCUCUGCCACGCUGCAAAUUGCAUAACUUGGCAUUCUUUCUGCCCAGCCUGUGCUACGACACACGCGAACCUCGAGGUCGAGAUAUCGACGAAUAUGAGUUUUCGCUUGCCACGUCGCCUUCUCUAUCUAGCAUCGUUUUUCCUGCUUUCGAGUAUGACCCCGAGAAUGAUCCCUGGGGCUAUAACGACUGGGGCAAGGUGGAGUACCACGAAGAAGCAGUAAUGCAACUGGCGAGUGGUCUGGCACCCAAUCUAAAGUCCGUCUCCAUCAUCGCCGGAACGCCCGAAGCCGUUCCAGGCAUUUAUGACGAGCUGCGGCGGGAUCGACUCCCUUGGCCAGGCUUUUUCCCAUCCGAUCCAAAGAAAAUCAUUCCCACUCCAAAUCAAGGCCAGCUACGUGAGCUUAGUAUAGGCCCGGCUGCUCUUGUUCAUUUUGAGGCCUGGGAAGCACGAGGGAUUUUUCCCGAUCUUCGAGUGUUGCGGCUUUGGAAAACCACGCUGGAAACCUUGCUUAAGGCAGGUCAAUGCCAAUUUCCCUCUUUGAAGACACUCGUCCUCGAAAUAGGUUCCCCGCGUGAAGCCGCUGCCGAUGCAGCCGCGAGUGCCUUUGUCUCGUCGCUUCCUCGGUUGGAAAGCAUCCAUUUAACAGGCAGCCAAGGGGACAAAGCAUUGAAAGCCGUCCUGGACCACCAUGGGAAAUCUCUUCAUAAAAUAUCUUUUCAGCCCGAAUAUAACAGCGAAGGAGACGUUAUCACGGCGGAUUGGAUCAACCAAAUUCGGAAUAGCUGUCCCAACAUCCGCGAUCUCCAGCUACCCAUACCACGCACGGGAGGCAAUGAUCAGGAAGUUGCCAUAUAUCGAACCCUCGGAGAGAUGCCUCAACUGACUGACUUAAGUCUACAACUUGUUUGUGCAGGAUAUUCACAAGACGAUAGAGGUCCAUUUUCGUCAAGCUAUCUGGUCACAGAUGGUAAGAAAGCACGGGAACUUCUCAUCAAUUUUGCAUUAGACGCCACACUGGCACAAGAAAUCUUCUUGACCAUUGGGAAAAAUUCUUCCUUGCAACGUCUUAACUUAAACGUCCAGGUUUUCAGUUGUCCUGCGACGCUAUGGCAGAUCACAGAAUUCAUGGAUUGCGAGUGGAGGUGCAUCAGAGCCAGUGGAGACAGGGUCAUUGUUCGGAAGCCUGGGCAACCAAGGGAAAUUAAUAAUGGGUCACAGACAGUAGAAAUUGGAGAGGAAUGCGAAUUGGACGAGUUUGAGCCCGUUUUUCGUGAUUUGUGGCCAAAGAAGCACGAAAGAUGGGUAUAUGAUUGGCAUAGCUUUCCACUCCAGACAAGCGCAAAUAACACUUAA